UCAACUUUCCAUCGGCCAAUCCAGGAAUCAGUUCUUCACGUAACGGGACCCUGGAGUGACCACCAUGCCCAUCACUCCGGAGAAUGCGGUGCUGUUUCUUCCCAUCCUUUAUCGGUGGCUGCAGAACCACCUGAGGGGAGAAGUAGAAGAGCCUGAGCAGAGGCUUUGCCAUUCUGCCAUUAAGAAGCUGAGGGAGUACAUCCAGUUGAACUUCCCGGCGGAGGAAGGCAAACUGCAACAUGGUCCAAGCCCUGUGGACAUGGAGAUCUGUACUGUUUACCUAACCAAGGAUCCUGGGCAGGCCGAGUCUCUUGGCCUAAGCUUUGGGAACAUCCCUGCUUUGGGGGACUAUGGAGAAAAGCGGAGAGUGGGGAGAAAAAAGAAAGGGCAUAAAGGCCCCGUGCUUGACGUGGGAAGCAUCUGGGUCACUGACUUAAAGAAAAACAGCCCUGCGGGGAAAUGUGGAAAAGUUCGCUUGCGAGAUGAGAUCCUUUCGCUGAAUGGGCAAUUGAUGGUUGGGGUGGAUAUCGGUGGUGCAAGCUACCUUGCUGACCAGUGCUGGAAUGGCGGCUUCAUCUACCUGAUCAUGUUGCGUCGCAUCAAGCGCAAGGCCCCUCUUCCUCCGUCGAAUGGCAACAACAGCAACAGCAGCGAACCCAAGGCCAGGCCUACCUCUGAGCCCAGUGGGAAAACAGCUCAAAAUGGCAAAAGGACUAGGAAGUUUGGGGUCAUUACCCGGACCCUUCCCAGUGGCAAGGAGAGCAAAGGCAGCAAAAGCGGUCCCAGAGUGGAGCAGGAGAACGGGAACUGCGGCCCUACUGAAGUGGAUAGGUUACGCCCGGAGGCAUCCAAAACAGAAAGCAGCGCGGAGAAUCGCCUUCAGAAAGCGGACUCUCCUUUUCCGGCAGGGCAAUACCGGUCUCGCCUUUCAGACGGAGGGAUUUUAGACCUCAGCUCGAGUGAAUUGUCUCUGAAGCGUGAAGGCUGCCGGAUCUGGAAGAUGACCAUGAUGAAGGGGACAGACGGUCUGGGCAUUCAGAUAACCGGAGGUUGUGGAUCGAAACGGUCUCCCCACGCCAUCAUUAUUGCGCGGGUGGAAGAAGGAGGCUCUGCUCACAGGGAUGGUAGACUGAAAGUAGGAGAUGAGCUGCUAAUGAUCAACAGCCAGUCUUUGGUUGGCCUCUCCCAUCAAGAUGCAGUGGCUCUUCUUCGGUCCGCAGAAGGCCUCGUGUACCUGGUGGUUGCAAGCAGGGAAGGGGCAGAAGAGGAUUUUCUCAGUUACCCAUCUACAAGUUUGCCAGACCUAAUUAGCACCUGCUCUGCUCAAGACACAGCUCCCUGGACCGACAAUAAAGAGAAUGAAGAGCCAGAAGAUGAAGAGGACGCCAAAGGAAAGACCCUGGUGCCAGAAGUCUUGGAACCUGUGACAGAUAUAACAGAUGCAGAUAAGUCUCCAGAUCCUACUGGUGCUGAGGGAUCCAAAGAAAACUGCCAAAGCCCAACUCUGGGGGGAGGAAUAUUGAAGUACAGGAGCCGAUCCCAAGGGGCUGCAACUCGUUUAGAAUCUGUGGGAGAAGAUGAUGAGUUGACAGUGGAAAAUGGAGAUGUGAAUUAUGAAAUAGCACUGAAAUAUUCCCGGGGAGGGAGAAAACAUUCUCUUCCACAGCAUCUGGACACAGGAACCAGACAGGAGUACCAUAUUGUUAAGAAAUCGACCCGUUCGUUGAGUGCAGCUCAGGUCGAAUACCCCUGGCGACUAACCCAGCCAUCUAUUAUAUCCAACAUUGUCCUGAUGAAGGGGCAAGGCAAGGGUCUUGGAUUCAGCAUCGUGGGAGGGCAAGACUCUGCCCGAGGACGCAUGGGCAUUUUUGUGAAGACCAUUUUCCCAAAUGGAGCUGCAGCAGCUGAUGGCAGAUUAAAAGAAGGAGAUGAAUUGCUAGAAGUUAACGGAGAAUCUUUACAAGGCUUGACCCAUCAGGAGGCCAUUCAGACAUUUAAGCAACUCAAGAAAGGGGUGGUGACCCUCACGGUACGAACCAGACUUCGCAGCCCGAGCCUUACUCCCUGCCCAACUCCGACGUUACUGAGCCGAUCCAGCUCCCCCAGUUCCAGUGCCAGCGGUGGGACGCCUUUACCUAGCUGUGAAGAUGCCGAGGUUGCCGCCCCAAAUCGCAAGGGUCCUGGGCCAAAGGACAGGAUCGUCAUGGAAGUGACUCUCAGCAAAGAACCAGGUGUUGGUCUUGGCAUUGGCGUUUGCUGUCUCACAUUGGAGAAUAGCCUCCCAGGUAUAUAUAUUCACAGCUUGGCCCCGGGAUCCGUGGCUAAGAUGGAUGGAAGAUUAAGCCGUGGGGAUCAGAUCCUGGAAGCAGACUCGGUCAGUUUGCGUCAUGCUGCUCUGAGCGAAGCUUAUGCCAUUUUGAGUGAAUGCGGUCCAGGCCCAGUUAGCCUUAUCGUUAGUCGCCAUCCCAAUCCAAAGGUUUCAGAACAGGAGAUGGAUGAAGCCAUCGCACGAACCACUCAGAGAGAAAGCAAGGAUGCUGCUUCCCCUCACGCUGCAGGGAAUCUGCCCAAAAGUCCAUCCCCUAGUGUGAAGUCCAAACAGCCUGAAGCCUCCUCGCCCCUGAGCUGGACAAUGAAGCGUUUCUUGGAGCCAGCGAGUCGGCAGGGGUCCAUCAAUUCCGAAUCAGAGCUUUCCCAGUACUUCUUACAGGAUGGUGCAAGCCAGUUUUCACUUUCAGAGACUACCGUAACAGGCUCCAGUGAUGAGGAGCCACUCCGUCCCAAGAGCGGGAGCAGCUCCUUAGACGAGAGUUUUCCUUCUCCUGGGACUCCAAUUACCAAAGAAUCGGGCCUCUGUGAUUCACCGACUGUUGGAAACAACUCACCGGGUCCUUUCAACAAGCCAAGGGAAACUGCGACUCGGCAUGUUAGCUUCAGCGAUAGCCCCAAAGGGGGCCGUACCGCAUUCCAAAGGCAGAGAAGGCUCGCUUUCUACGAUGGGGAUGCGAGCGACGAGGAUGACUUUGCUAAACAAGAUGGUGCUCGAUUUCAAAGGGGACCAAGGUCCAAAGGCCAGAGGAAGUCAGAGGGCAAUUGUGAGGUCACCAUUACAACUACCCCAGGGGAAGGCAGCGGUACGAACCAGGAGAGAGAAUUUGCAACAAAUACCCACAGUGACCCGGGUCCCAGUGGCUUUAGGGAUCCGACGGACAACGCUGCGGAGCCUGCACCGGACUCGCCUUUCCUUCCAGUCAAGUUGUUUGAUUAUCCAAACAUGCCAGAGCUUCACCCAGGACACCUGAGCUUGAAGGAGUUUCGAGAGGCACAGCUAGAAUCGAAAAGAUCUCCGAAACUGGAGCACAAAGCAGUCACUCGAGUCAAAAGCCUGAUGAGCAUUGAAUACCACGGGGUCCCAAGGCAGAAGACCGAAGAGCCUGGCACCUGCAGCAGACCCGGUGGCCGGGUGCUUCCCCACGUCCGGAAGAGUGACACGCAAGAGAGUCCUCUUAGGCAAAUCCACACCGAAGUAAUCACCCUAACUCGGAAUGAAAAUGAAUCGUUUGGCCUGGAUCUGGAAAUCCACGCCACUCCCUUGCGCGUCGUGAUAACGGGUUUGCGAGCAGGUGGAGCCGCUGAAAGGGCAUCUAUGGGAAAACUGGUCCCGGGAGAUGAGAUCCUCUCUAUCAACGGUAUCCCAGUCCACGGUUUCUCUUAUGAGGAGGUCUGUCAAUACGUACGGUGUCUUCCCACAUCUAUCACGCUGGACAUCCAGAAAGCGGUUUCUGCCAUGAACAGACUUACAAAUCUCAUCGUAUCUUCAGAAGCAGACGAGUCAAUUCAGACAGAUUCAAGCAAUAUUCUUAUGAUUGAAGAAGAAAAGAGUUUUGCAAAUCAGAAGGAAUCUUUGCACAGGGAUAACUCAGAUCAUAUGGCAGAAAGGACAGUGUUGCCUUCUGAUGCCAAGACCAAGGAGAUAUCACCAGAUUCCUUGGGAACCAGCUGUGUUCAGGACAGUGCUGUGGUACCAUUAGGAGAUAGUGAUGACUUCCUAGGCAAAACAAGCUCUUCCAAAGAGAAAGACGCAACAUGUUUGUUAAUCAGGGACAGGUGUACCAAGGAAGAUACUUCUGUGAUGGCAGAAGAAGAUUGUUCUCAUUCUAGAUCAGAUAUAAUUAAGAAUGACCUACUAGGAAGAGCUCUGAAUUAUGCAACUAACACACAAGAAAUUUUGGGGUUUUCUGUCUUGGAUUCCAUCAACGCCAGCAAGAUUUUCACUGUGAAUCAAAGCCGCUUGAGUAACUAUUCGAGGAAUUUCAGCAGCUUAAAUGAAGACACUGUGGCUGGAAUGGAGAGCAAAAGCAACACUGUUCCAAAAUCUAUGUAUGCUGCUGCAGAGGACUCUAGCUCAGACACAGAGUCUGUAGUAGAAACUCUGGGACUUUCAGGCAGUUCCCCACACUUCCUGUCUGCUUCCAACAAACCUUUGGAGAACCGUAAGGCAAUUGAUUCGGACGAGGAGCAAAUUGAAAUUUGCUGUCUGAAUCGGGAGCAGCAACACUUUCCGCAGAAGCAGCCAGUCACAGAUGUACCUCAUCGUCCCCCAGAAUGCCCAAAUAGUGUUUUGCAGGCAAAAAGCAAGGCAGAAAUUGGUUCACUGGAAAUAUCCAAUGGGAAAUUCUCAUUCGAAGAAUCACACUUGCCAAAGCACUUUGGUGUAGAACCCACUGUUCCAUCUACCACCUUUCGUUCUCUUUCCCAGGUUUCUUCACCAGGGACAGAUAGGUUAGACCAUGACAAUGCUCUCUGCUCUUUCCAUGAGGACGGUCCCUUAAGGAGUGGAGAAAGGAUAAGCUUGGAGAGCAGAGAGAAGCUUCUGGAGGCAUGUGGGACUUCUGAACAUGAUGCCCAAGAAAUGCAUUUGCACAUGACAAAGGGCAUCAAUGGUUGGGACAGCAACCCACUGGACAAAGACGAAUGGAAUAAAAAACAGCGAACGCACACAGAAAAUGAUUUAGUAAGAGAUUACGGCAGUCAUGGGGUUGGUUGUCCUGCUUUGACCAAGAAAGAAACCAAUGACUCAGCCCACUUGAGUAAACCAGAUGGCCAUUCUGUGGAGUAUGCAUCACAGAGAAUAACCAGUAGCCCCAGAUCUCCCCUUCUGACAAAAUCGAAAGAUCCGAGCAAGGCCACGGCUAUCCAUGACAUACUGGAAAAGAAUGAAAAGGCCAGUGCCGUUCCUGUCUCAAAAAGUUCAAGCACAAAAAUUCAAAGCCCCGGCCAAAGCAAAGGUAUUACGAUGCCACACAGCCCAUCCUCUUCCAAAAAACUGCAUCCUGAAGCAAGAGGGGUUCCCCAGAAGAGCAUUGCAGAAACUCUUUCAAAUAAUCAACGAAACAAACCAGGGCCGAAGCUAAAGGGCCUCACUAUUAAAAGUAAGUCCAAGACUCAUUCGGAUGCUCUUAGUGCUGUUCCUGCAAAAGCUGGCAGUACAGAUCAGAAAAGGACUUCUCUUCCUGUGCAGUCAUCGCCCAGGCUUCUUCCAAAGAAAGGCACUUCACUCCAUAACUUAGCUACACACUUGGAACCACCUAGCAGGAGCCUUUCCAUGGGUUCGAGGAGUCUUCAACAGGAGGAGGAAAAUAAAUCAUCUUUAGUGGAGCCUCAGGGAUCCCCUUCCCCUGUCUUGAAUGGUAACAGCAGUGCUGUGAAAAACAACAAAGAUAAUUCCAUUCACAAUUUGGAACUUGGCAAUGCUGGAACAGCAGAGCACAAAGAAACGCAGAUCCCAGUUCAGGUGGUUAUAAACAGCGAAAAGAGAGAUAAUGCUGAUGCUGGUGGUUACCAAAUGAGAGAAGGUCCAUCCCAGAUAAAUGCACCUUCCAAAGUGACAGUCAAGGAUAAUGGUUUGAGUGAAAGGACUGAAAAGUGUGGGAUGGGGAUGGGUCAUUUGGAUCACGAUGGGUGUGAAAUUAAGCCAUUAGGAUCUGAUAACCCUGGGCCUUUUAAGACAGAGACUUCUAGUCUUCUUUGUCCCUCUGUUCAGCAAGAGCAAUCAGGUCAGGAAAUUCAGCGCACUUUCAUUGAGGUGAGGCUAUCUUCCUCUUCCUCUUCCACACCAUCCUCAUUAAUUCCAGAGGCAUCUCUGGAGAAGGAGGAAAGUAACAAUAAGAAAAACAACCAGCUAGAAAGUGAGGUGAAAAAUUGUAGGCGGAACACCUUUGAGGACGAAAAUGUACACAGCACAUUAAAACCUGUGACAAGGACCUAUUCAAUGCCGGCCCAAUUAUCAAACCAUUUGAGGGAGGAGAGUAAUGCUAUGGACGCACCAACACAUCACGUCCAGGAUAUCCUGAGCAACGUUUCGGGUGAAAAGUAUCCUCAUACCGAGAUAGGCAUGCUGAAAAUUGUCCAUCUGAGUCUGAUGAACGGCCAGAACACUCAAGACGAAAAAGCGACGUGUAACAAUAUCCCCAAAUCAAACAGUCAAGAACCACCCUUGACCAACGACAAUAGCGGCCGCAUUGCAGAUAAACUAAAAACGUGCAGGAGGAAUUAUUACUAUUAUGAACUCAACUGGCCGCAUGAUCCGGUUUCGUCUUUUUCGGUGAAACAGCGAAUUAAAUCUUUUGAGAACCUUGCCAAUUUUGAUAGGCCCAUGGUCAAAGCCAUCGACAUUCACGCCACCUCUCUCGGCUCGAAACUUCCCAUUGGUAGGAGGUUAUCCGGCGGUGUUUCCGCCGUCUCCACUACUAACGUCAAUGAUGCAGUCCAGACGCUGAGGCGGAGCUUGAGUUCCUACUGUGAAAGUGACGUCCCAACAUCCCCGCAGAUGACAAAAUCAUCGACCAGCACAGCGUUGACCCAUCUGCAGCAGAAUUCCCCCGAGGACAGCAGCAGGGAUGACGCUCACUUGGGGAAAAGUGAAAGAUGUGGCGCUUUGCCGCCAUCUACCCCCAACAUCCGGAGAAGCAGAGCCUCGGGUGGGUACAUCAGGCAUGCGCCCUUAUCUCGCUCUAAGCUCCGGGAGCUCCGGGCCUUGAGCAUGCCAGAUCUUGACAAGCUGUGCAGUGGGGACUUCUCCGUGGAGGCCGAGUCUUCUCAUUUCAAAACAGAGCUGGAGGUUACACCCGCAGCGAGAUCUCUUGGUCUUCCCGUCGAAAGUGUUUCCGGUCCGAAUGAAUCCUCAGAGCUCCCUGGUCUUGUGAUGGCAAGCAGCCAGCAUUCCAAAGAAAGCAGCCCCUGGAACAGUGGCUCUGGUACUCCUGGGUCAGCUUCCGAUGAGGAAGUGCUACAACAGGAUGCAAACCUGAACCAACGGCACUCGGGGAAAAGCUGGUCCAUCAGCUUGGAUCAACUCUUGGUCUCUACUCUGGAUCAGCAGAAAUUGCAGUUGGUUUUGUCUUCAGUGACAACAAAAUCUGACCUCCCUUCUUUACUUCAGGAGGCCAAAGCACAAGCAGAGAGCAAAGAAGAUGUUCACUUUGUAGUCUUGAAUAAAGAGGAAGGAUCUGGCCUGGGAUUCAGCGUUGCUGGAGGAGUAGACCUGGAACAAAAAUCAAUCAUCGUCCACCGGGUGUUUUCAAAGGGAGUCGCAUCCCAGGAAGGGAUAAUCCACCGUGGAGACCUCAUUCUUUCCAUCAAUGGCAUCUGUCUUGCGGGCUCCGUGCACGGGGAUGUGCUCAACGCUCUUCACCAGGCAAGGCUCCACAACUACGCCAUCGUUGUCAUCAAGAAGGAGAGAAGUGGAGGAAGUAAUUCGUCGUACGGGUCUGAAGCGUCUUCCCCUGGCAGACAAACAUCAACGGCUGCAACCAUGGGAAGAGGAGCAGGUCCAGGUGGAGAGACCGGCGAUGCCAUUUGCGUUGAACUUCUGAAGACUUCUGCCGGCUUGGGUUUCAGUCUGGAUGGGGGGAAAGCUUCAAUCACUGGAGACAGACCUUUGCUCGUCAAAAGGAUUUUUAAAGGUGGCGCUGCAGAACAAGCCGGAAAACUGGAAGCGGGCGAUGAAAUUCUUGCCAUUGGGGGGAAAUCGCUACUUGGACUCAUGCAUUACGAUGCCUGGAACAUCAUCAAAUCUGUCCCAGAGGGACCAGUUCAGUUGCUUAUCAGAAAGCACCAGCCUCCAGCGUGAUGCGUGCAGUAUCGUUGUGCUUAACUUAACCUUGUGAGCACACGCUUCCACGUUGUGCGUGCGAGAACCAUUACAUGCAUUGCAAGAGCUGAGCCUUGAUGAUUAAGUGGCAUUGCUAAAAUCAGCCCAGGAACGCCAAGAUACAUAAGCCAGGAACACAUCCCAGUCAGUGCACCGCUGUUUUAUAAAUGGCACCUUUCCUCUCGCCCUCAGGAUCUAAGAAAUUAAAGUGCCACGUACUUUCCUCAUUCGCUACAUGGACUUCUGUGUAUCCAAAUCUCCUUCCUGCCAUUCUGGAGGCCUCCUACUCAGUCACUUAUAUGGAGCUGAACCAAGACAGGGCUGUUGUGUUUAGGGAUAUGCCUUGAAAUUAAUACAAGGAUUCUGCUUGGGGACAUGUGAAGUGAAAAGACUCCCACAGAGCAUGUGCAGAGUGCAUGUGCCACCUCACCUGGGCAACUGACCUCACACAUCUGGGACCAUGGGUAGAAGGAAUCUUUAAGUCAGAGGACGUGGCUGUGGGGCAAACUGAGUCCCAGCAGCUCUCAUUUUAUAAAUUAAUCACUGGCUAUGUGUACACUUUGCUUUCACCCCAUAGAUGGUGUGCAAUAAAUGGUACUUUGCAAAGAUUUCAUGGGAAAUCCCAGUGGCAUAUACAAAAAGACUAUAUCUGGAUUCUUCCAGCUACAGUCAAGAGGAUUCAAAAAAUGUCUUCUUUGCUUUCUCCCAACCGUUCCAUGGAAAGAUUAUGGAGCAGGCCAGAGCUCAGUAAAGAAGAAUACUUGCUUUGCAUUUGUGAGCUCCCAGUUUUCAAUUCCUGGCACCUCUGCUUAAAAAGAUCAGAGGCUCCUGAGCUCAAAGUCCUGUGCCUGAGAUCCUCUGGAGAACUGCUGCCACUCAGAGCAAACAAUACUAGGCAGGAGGACCAAUAAGGCAACUUCACUCGUUCGUUUGGGAGCCACUAGUCAUGAAGGUGCCUCAGGUUUCAUGGUGAUCGCAUCUUCCCUCUCCUUGGUGAACUAUUAAGUGCUCGAAAAAGGAUACAUGACAUAAGUUUUAUAGCUGGUAACUCUUUGUUGGGAAAUGUAGAAGGCUUUAGCAAAUUUGGGUAGGUUUUUAAAAGUCGUCAUGAUUAGUUAGCUGUGUGUCUGCCCUUACACAUUUUUAUACUUCACAGGCUAGGAGAUGAAACUUGUCUUCUGUUUGUGACAACAGGAACUUUCUGGCCGUACCAUCUAGUUCUAACUUCAGCUGACUUGUGGGUCCGGGAUGCAUUUAGUAAAAGUAGGAGUAUGUCUGGAACAACCUUGCUAUUUUUGCAAGUGUUUUUCUUUCAUCAAAAUGGCUUGAAACAAGUAUAUAUGUUUACAAAUAAUCUUGUUAAAACCACAAUGAAAAUGGGUUCCCUUUGUUUCCCUAAUCCAGCAAAGGAAUUCUCUGCUCUGAACCAGCCUUCCACAUAUGUAGUGAAGCCUCGAUACAAAUGUGCAUCUGUUGUUAAAUUGCAAUGCACAUCAGCGGUAUACUGAACUGGCUAGAUGCAAGCCUU